GCUGAACCGCACGCGUUGAGCUGCCUUUGUCUCUUGCGUCUCGUACGUGCUGUAGCACGCUGUGCUGCGUGUUGCACUUGGUUUGCUCCUCGCUGUAAUCAUUUUCCUCUGUGCGGAGGCUGGCGAUGUUUCCUGUUUAGGGUCGAUUUGCAAGUAGCUAAGCAUGGCGGCUACAGAGAUAACUCGGCAAGCGGGAGAAGGUCUCCGUACUGUCCCUCUGUCUGGCCAUGUGGGCUUUGACAGCAUGCCGGACCAGCUGGUUAACAAGUCCGUUAACCACGGCUUCUGCUUCAACAUCCUCUGUGUGGGUGAAACUGGUCUGGGGAAGUCCACUCUGAUGGACACUCUGUUCAACACCAAGUUUGAAGGGGAGCCCGCCCAGCACAGCCAGCCCGGAGUCCAGCUCAAAUCCAACACCUACGAGCUGCAGGAGAGCAACGUGCGCCUCAAACUCACUGUGGUUAACACGGUGGGGUUCGGAGACCAGAUCAACAAGGAGGAGAGCUACAAGUCAGUCGUGGAGUUCAUUGACACGCAGUUCGAGGCCUACCUUCAGGAGGAAAUGAAGAUCAGACGCACGCUCCACAGUUACCAUGACUCCCGGAUCCACGCCUGUCUGUACUUCAUCGCCCCCACUGGCCACUCGCUGAAGUCCCUCGACCUGGUCACCAUGAAGAAGCUGGACAGCAAGGUCAACAUUAUACCAGUCAUUGCCAAAUCAGAUGCCAUCUCCAAGAGCGAACUGACAAAAUUCAAGAUCAAGAUCACAAGCGAGCUGGUCAGCAACGGCGUGCAGAUCUACCAGUUUCCCACAGAUGACGAGACUGUAGCCGAGAUCAACGCCAACAUGAAUGCCCAUUUGCCAUUUGCGGUGGUGGGAAGCACUGAGGAAGUGAAGAUUGGGAACAAGAUGGUGAAAGCUCGACAGUACCCCUGGGGGACAGUCCAGGUUGAAAAUGAGAAUCACUGUGACUUCGUGAAGCUGAGAGAGAUGUUGAUCCGAGUGAACAUGGAGGACCUGCGUGAGCAGACCCACGCCCGUCACUACGAGCUGUACCGGCGCUGCAAACUGGAGGAGAUGGGCUUCAAAGACACGGACCCCGACUGCAAGCCCUUCAGUCUGCAGGAGACGUACGAGGCCAAAAGGAACGAGUUCAUGGGAGAAUUGCAGAAGAAGGAGGAGGAGAUGAGACAGAUGUUUGUCCAGAGAGUCAAGGAGAAGGAAUCUGAGCUCAAGGAGGCAGAAAAGGAGCUGCACGAAAAGUUUGACCGCUUGAAGAAGCUGCACCAGGAUGAAAAGAAGAAGCUGGAGGAUAAGAAGAAGCUCCUGGACGACGAGCUGAAUGUCUUCAAGCAGAGGAAGACGGCCGCGGAGCUGCUGCAGGCACAGGCCCAGCAGGCCGGAGGCUCCCAGACCCUCAAGAGGGACAAGGAGAGGAAAAAUAAUCCAUGGCUCUGCACAGAGUAGUUGCUCCUCCCCAUUCAUUACUAAGGAACCAGGCGUUCACUCAUUUGUUAUUCUGACCAAAGGCCAAGCAGCUCCUGGUAUAAGGAUGUGGACCGAGCUCUCGCUGGUUAGAUAUUACAAGACCACACCUGUGAGAACAUGAAGGAUAAGCUAUUGUAAACUCUUCAGCGUAGCGAUAAUAAUACUAACAGUGUUUCCAACUAACCAUUGCUAGAACGUAGAGCAUGUUUCUGCUUGAACAUUUAAUUUAUAUUUUUUUUAGAAGCAGGUUUAUGAAGUUUUGUUUUCUAUUUAUCUUGUGUUUUUCAUAGGAUGGUUAUAGUUUAAGCUAUUGGUAUAAAUGGUGGCGUAUCACACAAUUUGUGGGAGAGAAAACCCCAUUGAAGUAUGUAUAGGAAAUACACAGUGGAACAAGCCUGACUGAGUCAGCUUGAAAGAACAGCACAAGCAGUCAGUUUGUAUGAAAUUGCUAAAUUGUACAGCAGAUGCACGCGUGACGUGUCCCUUUUUUGUUCUGGGAUCAAAGAUAAUUCUUGUAAAACGAGUCUCUCUAUUUCAAUGUGCACGUUUUAAACAGAACUAAACUGAUGCACGAGGAAGGGUUGCCCAAGCAACUGAUAAUUCAUUGUGAUUUAAAACAGGAGUAGUUCAGCCAAGCCAAGAAUAAAACUGACAACUAAAAAAAAAAAAAAAAAGUGCUUCCUUCAUUCUGACAUUUAAGUUGUUCCCUUUUUAAUAUGAAAAUAGGCAACUUUAGAACAUUAAUGGAUAGUACAUAGCUUGCUCAACCAUUGCUCCAAUGUAGAAAAUAUGAGGUCUCAUAAUCUAAAUAGAAGUGUAUUUGUUUUUAUUAUUAUUUGAAACUUCUUGAAGGUUUAAGCCACAUAGAAGAAUCCACUUUCUUUCUUAUUUUUUUGAAUUUGACAUUGCAGUAUUAAUCUGUUCCUCUCCGUUGGCCACGCCUCUCUGCGUUUCUUCUCUGCGCUGCACUGGGAAUGGCCUGUGGCUCUUAACUAGCAGAUAUCACUUUGACUGGCUGCUGCUGUAGCUUCCUCCUUUUUUUUGUUAACUUCCACUUUGUUUCUUUCUCUCUAGCUUCUUUUAAAUCUGUCUUCGCCACCUGUCUGAAGAGGGGGAUUGCAGCUUCCACAAGAAUUAGGCACCCUUUCCUGUUUGUCGGGUUUAACUUUGAUUCUGUGUGUCCUGUUUUUUUUAAGCAAACCCUUAUGUGAGCUUUACAUGGUAUGUUUGGGUUUUUUUUACACAGUUCCAGCCUCAGUAGCAUUGCAAAAGGGCCUUGAAGACCUUUGGUGGUCUUUUAUGAUGAUCAAAACAGCUAUGGAUACUUAAUACUGUCUUCCCUAAACUACUUAUUUGUGACAAACGCCAGGAAUAAUACAGGGUGGGGGGAUGUCCAGAUUCACCGUCAUGGCCUGGCUGAAUGGCCAUUGUUUCAUUUAUAAGGGCUUUUCAGUGAGAUACAUGUGAUCCAGGGAUUCCUUGAGGUCACUGACCUGUUCAUAGUGGACAGAUGGAUGCCUCCCAAAACUAACAUUGCACCUGGCAUGUGCAGAUCAAGAAAGAACAAUGAACGAAGGGAUUGUCGGAUUCUCCACACACACAGGUCAAUGGGGUUAGCAUGCACAGCAGCUACCACUAUCUCUCUUUCAAACCCAUCACGCAGAAUACAGCAGGGUGCCAGUAGAAUAAAUUGCUUGAAAAAAGUGUGAUAGAAAAUGUCUCGUCAGUAUUGUGGAAUAAUGGAUGAUGGAUUGUGUAUUAUCACAAGCCAUCGAGGGGCUGUGAUGUGAAUUGCCGGGUGAAACAGAUUCAAUUAUAGUGCUUGUACGUGCAUUGUAAAAAAUAUUUAUAUAUGCAAGUCAGUUAGCUGUGUUUGUUUCAUAUACUGAAGAAGUGAAAUACCAUGUGGGCCCACAUACAGCGUCUCUACAGCGUGCUUUUAGUAUUUCUGUCUAAUCUGUAUGGUUCUUGCAUGUCUUCCCCAGCACUGUGUUCUGUCUAACAUGUUUUACUGAACUCUUAUUUUGUAAUAAUGAAUUUUUGCACUGCUCAUUUCCAGAAGAAAUGACUGUAUCCCUCUUUUGGUACUGAGUUCUGACCCUUGUUUUUGUGUUAAAUUAUAAACAGAAACGAUUAAUGUUUUAAUUUCUGUAUAAUUUGAUAUAUUUGUUUCCAAAAUACUCUGCCAACUUGACAAAUGUAUUAAAUCAUAUAGAAUGAGAAAUUGCCAGGAAUGGUGUGACUUGCAUAGUUUAUUUACAUACUUUAUAGUAAAGAUAUUUUGUGGAGUAAUACUCAUAAAAACAAAAGUGAAAACUUGCAUAAGAAUUUUAAAAUAACUAUUGACUGUCCUGCAUACAGAGCUUGUUUUUUUCUAGUUUAAACCUUUUUAGUCAGUUAGUGUCCUAGUUUGUGAUGCCAUGUAUGUCAGAAGAGGUUCUCCCAUACAUCAGCGUUAAGUACUUCACUGGACUAUGAUAGCAUUGGUGUACGUUUUCAAUAAAAUUUCAA